CGACAUUCAGGGUACUGAAAAAUAGAUUGGCAGGUAGACCUUCUAUCGUUACGGUGGGAAAAGAGAUAAGAGAACAGGGAUUUCAUGGCGGCUUCCAAGCUUCAAGCUUUCUGGAACCACCCAGCCGGCCCUAAAACCAUUCACUUCUGGGCUCCAACUUUUAAAUGGGGUAUUAGUAUAGCAAAUGUUGCUGACUUUUCUAAACCCCCUGAAAAGCUUUCAUAUCCUCAGCAAAUUGCCGUUACAUGCACUGGAUUUGUCUGGUCACGCUACAGCACAGUAAUUACACCGAAAAACUGGAAUCUUUUCAGUGUAAACGUUGCAAUGGCCGUCACAGGGCUUUACCAACUUGCACGCAAAAUUCGGCAUGAUUACUUUUCCGAGACAGAAGUGAUGGCUGCCUCAAAAGAACAUUGACCAAAUAUCUCUCUGGACUUGUUACGGUAUUAUAGGGGUGUUGAACCCAUGUUGACUACUGCUGAUAAAUGAUUUUUUUUUGGGGGGCGUAAUGAAUAAUUGUUGUGACUGGGCUUGUUUAUUCUUCCACCCUGAGACAA